AUGGCCCUUGAUACAGUAUGGUCCAGUGGACCAGAUGGUACACAAGUACAUUCUCAAGAGAGUGGUAUAAGGUGUAGUGCUGUUGGGAGAGUGGUGGUCGGCUCUAGUGCAUGUCAGAGACGUGGAGGUGGUGUUGCCAUUACUCGUACUAUCCUUAACCACCAGUACUUGUCGGGUAUAGGUAUCAGUGUUAUUGUCGAGGCUCUUAAAGUGGACAGUCUGCAGAAGCUUUGCUCAUCUCUAGAACCUAUUCUUCGGAGAGUCAGUGAGGAGGUUGAACGUGCUUUGGCGAAGGUAGGCCCUCCGAUGCUUAAUGGAAGGUCUUCCCCAAAACGAAUUGAAGGUCCAGAUGGUCGAAACUUGCAGCUGCACUUCAGGUCUAGGUUAUCGCUUCCUCUCUUCACGGGUGGCAAAGUGGAAGGAGAGCAGGGUGCUGCAAUUCAUGUUGUUUUGGUUGAUGGAAGCACUGGCCAACUUGUAAUAUCUGGACCUGAAGCCUCUGUGAAACUUGAUGUUGUUGUGGUUGAAGGUGAUUUUAACAAUGAAGAUGAAGAAGGUUGGACCCAAGAAGAAUUUGAAAGUCAUGUAGUGAAGGAACGUGAAGGGAAAAGACCUUUGUUGCAUGGAGAUCUUCAGCUAACCCUCAAGGAUGGGGUAGGAACAUUAGGGGACCUUAUAUUUACUGAUAACUCUAGUUGGAUAAGAAGCAGGAAAUUCAGACUUGGAUUAAAGGUUGCCUCGGGUUUUUGUGAGGGUAUACGCAUACGUGAAGCAAAGACUGAAGCUUUUACUGUUAAAGAUCACAGAGGGGAAUUAUACAAGAAACACUAUCCACCAGCAUUGAACGAUGAGGUGUGGAGAUUGGAGAAGAUUGGCAAGGAUGGAUCAUUCCACAAGAGGCUUACUAAUUUUAUCACUCUCAUGUUCUUUAAGGCUGUUCAUCAAAUGCCACUUUGAUUAUUUCUUACUUGUUACUUUAACAUUUGCAUA